UCAUGCACAGACCACCACACCACCAGCCACAGAUACAGACAUAAAUACAAUGAGGCUAGUUCUCAGAGGCUUUUGUAAUUGCAGAGGUGGGACAGACGCUGUUUAGCCCAACAGCAGGGAGGGUCUGGAUGAAAGCAAACUUAGGCAUGUUACCAACAGCUGUUUUCAGUAAAAUAGUGAAUUUCCUAUACUCUUUUUUUUUUUUUCCUUCAGAGCUGGGGACCGAACCCAGGGCCUUGCGCUUGCUAGGCAAGUGCUCUACCACUGAGCUAAAUCCCCAACCCCGAAUUUCCUAUACUCUUAAGAGGUUUAUUACUUAAAACCAUUCCAUUCCCCUCCUUGAAGUCUUGCCCUUGGCCCAGGUCUCAGCUUACUUACCUCAUACCCUUUAUUUACUAAGGGAACUCAACCUCAGUGGAAACAACCCACGUACCUGACCAAGAGGCUGUGUGACAACCUUAAACUCUUGAUUCUCCUGUGUCCAUCUCUGAAGAGUUAGGAUUACAGGCAUGUGUUACUAUGCUCAGUUUAUUCUGUGUUGAGGAUUGAACCAAGGGCCUUGGGCAUGCUUGACAACACUCUAACUGUGCCACAUCCCGGGCUCAGCUUCCUGAAGCUCCUCCCGACCCCACCUGUUCCCUGGAACCUGCUAGUUGCCUGAGCACCGCUGUAUGACAGUGUCAUUGUAGGAACAAUGACUCAUUGACUAAGCCUUUGCAGUUCACUUACUACUUAUGCUUCUUUUUUAACCUUAGAAGCAUUUAUGAGCCUCUAAUUAGCAGGAGAGAUGGGAAACUUUUCUCUGCCCUUACCUAUCCGUCCUUUGGUCUACAUGAUGCCUCCCCCUAUGGGGUGCAGCCUUCAAUCUAGGUGAUCUAUUUUAACAACCAUCCCUGCUCUGGGGAACAGUUAAUUCCCAGGUCACCUGUUUCUGUACCUGUGAGCCAAUCCUUUCUUUCCUGGGACAUUGGGUCCCAAGAAAGUGUCAAUGUCUGCAGCAGGCCAUUGUCUGCUUUUGAGAUACUUUAGGGCAAGGAAAGAAACUGGGAAAGAAGCUCAAGAAACAAAGUCACAGGACCAGAGCGUUUGUGUGUUUGCCACAGUGGAGAAAGCCGAAAAGGGAGCCCUCAGGGAGCAGCAGGCCCUCAGGGCCUUUUCAGUGACAAUCAGGACACUACUUGACACUCUUGACCUGACUCACAGGUACUUGAACCUUGACCCAGAAAAUACAGGCAGGUCUCUCGCAGCCUAGGUCAAGUUAGCCUCACAAUAACAUCACAAGAGUUUCUUCGGGCCACUUAGACACACCUAGACACAGGUCCCUCUGUUACCAGCUUGCUAAUGGUCUUUAUAGAUCUCUUAUUCAUAGCUUGGCUUUCUACAUCUGAAAAAUGUAGAAAAUUAAAAUGAUCUAAUUAAAUAUUGAGUUAAAAGAGGAGGAUUGGAGAAUUGGAGAGAGGCAGAGCCCACUGCCAGAAUAGUCUUGCCUAGCAUUGAAUUGAAUCUGGGGCUUCACAUAUCUCUUAAGCAAACUCUGUACUAGUCAGUCAUACACAGCUCCAAACCCCCCUUCAGUUUUAUUUUGAGAUAGUCUCACAAAAUUGCCCAGGCUGGCCUUGAAUUCACUGUGAUCCUUCUGCCUCAGCCUUCUGGACAGCUGAAAUUACAGGCCUGUGCUGCCUAAAACUAAGAAAUGAGGAGGAGAAGGCAGGAGAGGGGGAAAGGAGAGACAAUGAAGAAGACAGGAAAGGUGUACGAGAACUUUGUCUAGUGGGACAUGUCUGCAAUCCCAGCCCUUAGGAGGCCGAAGCACAGUCCAAGAGCCGGUUGAGCUACAUAGCAAGUUUGAGGCCAGCCUGGGAUACGUAAUGGGAUGGAUUCAAAGAAAGAGACAAGUGUGUGUGGGUAUGUUUGGGGGCUGGGGGGAAUGGACUGUAGCUUCACAAGGCUAUAGUGAACAAAAUAGAUACAGGGGAGAUACAUCUCUUAUGUCAGAGACAGUGUUACUGUGCUUCUGCAUGGCCACUGUUACAGCCUGCCCUGUCCCUCACCCUUAGCCCAGUUACAACUUCUUAAGAAAUUCCAACCAGGACAAAAUCCCCUGAUCAGUCACUGCCUGGCUUUCAUUUGUUUGUGACAGAGAAAUCUUUGGGGAGGUCCCAAAUCCCCCACCCCCACCCCAUACUCCUGUCGGGAAGAGAUAUAGAAGGAACAGGUGGCAUUUCAAGGUACAUCAUAAAAGCAAGGCCUGGCUGGGAGGGAGUCGCUUGCCAUCUGCUCACUCCUUUCAGAAGCAUGCCUCCAGAGGCUUCCCUGUUUGACUCCGGGUCCUCUCAAAGUGCAGAGGGAUGAAAUAAUCCCCCAGCAUGAACAUCAAGGAAGCAAAACACUCCACUUUCAAAUGUGAAGCGUCUCCAAGGGAAAAUGAUCCUACCCCAGGAGAAUGGCUGGCAUUUGGCUGAAAUGCAAAUACUCCAAUGUGAGCUUUCGGCCUAGGGCUGAGGUUUCUGGACAGUCUCAUUUCCUGGGGAGUGUCAAGAGGACCUGGGCUGCUCUCAGAGAGACCUGUCCUGGGUGCCCUCAUUUCCUGGGGAGUGUCAAGAAGGCCUGGGCUUGGGGCUGGGGGUUUAGCUCAGUGGUAGAGCGCAAGGCCCUGGGUUCGGUCCCCAGCUCCGGGGAAAAAAAAAAAAAAAGGCCUGGGCUGCUCUCAGAGAGACCUGUCCCGGGUGCCAUACUCUUCUGAAGUCUCUCUCCCCUCUCAGGUCUGCACUUAAAAUCUAAAGUCUCUCCCUCAGCAUAAUAACUUCAUGAUAACUUCGCUUAAAAGGAGAGAGGAGAGAGAGGGUGGGAGAGAGAGAGAAGAGAGGGAGGGAGGAGGGAAGAAAGGAGGAGUGCGAGCCUCAGGGAGGCAUGUGUAUAGCUAUCUUCUGGUCACUGAGAUCCUCUAGCAUGAGAGAGGUGAGUAAGGUUAAAGUUGAAUUAACCUUCCCGGGCCAAGGGCCCCUGCUUUUUGUCUCUUUCUUUUGUUAAAGUUACCUAAAACUGGGGCUCUAGAGGUGUCUCAGCGGGUGACAGCAACUAUUAUACAAGCAUGUGUGUCUGAGUUCAAAUCUCCAGAACCCAUGGAAAAACCUGGGCAUGAUCGUGUGUGUGUGUGUGUGUGUGUGUGUGUGUGUGUGUGUGUGUGUGUGUAACCCCAGCAACAUGAGGGGCAGAGAGAAGAUGGCUGGGGCUGACCCUCAGCCUAGCUCCAGUUCAGUGGGAGAAUCUCAGAGGAGGAGCAGAGUGGAGAGUGAACGGACAGAACACUCAACUUCCUCCUUCGGCUUCUGCACAAGUCCCUGUGCUUGCACACACACACACUCAAACACACACACACAUGCACACACGUACACGCACACACACAUACACACACUCACACAUAUACACACACACAUACCCACACACUCACACAUACACACACACACACACACACACACACACACACACACACACACACACACACAAAGUCUUACCCACACACAUCCAUUCGUAAACACAUACAGAUGAAAUGUUGUUUUCAGCCAGAUGUGGAGAUACAUAUGUGUAAUCCCACCACUUAGGAGGACCAGGAAUUCAAGGUUAUCCUCAGCUAUAUAACGAAUUUGAUGUCAGCCUGGGCUACAAGACGGUCACACUGACUCAAAUAAACAAAAAGCGGGGUGGGGUAGCUAAGGAGGUGGCUUAUCAGUUAAGAGCACUUGCAGUUCAGAGAGCCUGAGUUUGACUCUACCUCAGGCAGUUACACCAGGCACCUACAUCAGGCAGUUUUAACCCCAGUUGGCCUCUGGCCUCCUCAAACACCUGCACCUGUGCACAUACCCACAUGCUGACACACACAUACACAUCAUACACAUACACACACACUCACACACACACAUAUACACACACAUACACACAUAUACACACACAUACACACACAUACACACAUACACACACUCACACACAUACACACAUAUAUACACACACACAUACACACACACAUACACAUAUACACACAUAUAUACACACACAUACACACACAUAAAAAAUGAAAAUUUUGAUUUCAGCCGGUGGUUCGGGGAGACGAACCUUCCACCUUAGACCAUGGCCCAAGUUCAUCUGUAACUUCACGGAGAAGGCAUCGUUGAUGGUGGCCGCUGCCGUGACUUACUCAGAGCCUCGAUUAGCCACAUUUUGGCACUACGCCAAGGUUGAGCUGGUUCCCCCAACCCCUGGUGAAAUCCCUACAGCUAUUCAGAACAUGAAAAAAAUAAUUCACAGUGCCAAAGCUGGUGGCUUCAAACACCUUACAGUGAAGGAAGCCGUGCUGAACGGUUUGGUGGCCACUGAGGUGUGGAUGUGGUUUUAUAUUGGAGAGAUCUUAGGCAAACGUGGUGUUGUUGGCUAUGAUGUUUGAAGACCAAUCUUUAACUUCCGAUUUGAGUUCUUAUAUCAAUGUUCUUGGACCGUGUGUAAUGAGACUGCUAUCUGAAUAAAAUGCUAGCUGUGGGGGAAAAAUGAAAAUUUUAUUUUUUGGCUGAGGAUAUAGCAAAACUGGUAUUGCCUAAUGCUUGGCUAGAGCCCUGGGUUCAGUUCCCAGCACCCCAUAAACUCAUCUCGGUGAAGCACACUUACAAUAUCAGUGCUUGUGAGGGACUUGAAAGCUCAGAAGUUCAAGGUCAUCGUCCUCAACUACACAGAGAUUCUGAGGCCAAAAAGGGAUUAAUAAGAAGACCCUGCCUCAAACAAAAGCUAUUUUCUAUUUAGCCAUAGUCCUUUUUGGUUUGCUUGUUUUCAAGACAGGUUUCUCUGUGUAGCCCUGGCUGUCCUGGAACUUGCUCUUAAGAUUUUUACUAUACUUUAUUAUUGGGUAGUGGGUGUGCACAUGUUGUAUGUAGAGGUCAGAGGACAACUUACAGGAGUCCCUUCAUUCUCCCAUUCCAGGCUGGAGAGAUGGCUCAGUGGUUAAGAGCACUGACUGGGGCUGGAGAGAUGGCUCAGUGGUUAAGAGCACUGACUGCUCUUCCAGAGGUCCUGAGUUCAAAUCCCAGCAACCACAUGGUGGCUCACAACCAUCUGUAAUGGGGUCUGAUGCCUUCUUCUGGUGUGUCUGAAGACAGCUACAGUGUAUAUAAUAAAUAAAUAAAUCUUAAAAAAAAAGGGGGGGUUGGGGAUUUAGCUCAGUGGUAGAGAGCUUGCCUAGCAAGCGCAAGGCCCUGGGUUCGGUCCCCAGCUCCGAAAAAAAGAAAAAGAAAAAAAGAAAAAAAAAAAGAGCACUGACUGCUCUUCCAGAGGCUCUGAGUUCAAUUCCCAGCAACCACAUGGUGGCUCACAACCAUCUGUAAUGAUGCCCUCUCUGGUCUGUCCGAAGACAGUGGCAGUGAAGUCACAUACAUAAAAUAAAUUUAAAAAAAAAUAUUCUCUCCUUCCACCAUGUGGGACCAAGGGAUCAAAUCGGGGCGGCCAGUCUUGGUGGCACAUACCGUUACCCUCUGAGCCCCCAUACUUAAGCCACAAUUCUCACUCAGAAAUAUAGUGCUUUGAAUAGUGUUCUUCUUUGAACUCUCUAAUCUUCGGCUUCCUGCACAGUUAGCUACACACCCCAGGUGACUCCCAGGAGAAGGUCCCUCUGUCCCUCAUGCUCAGUGUGAUAAUUCUAAAGCCAAGUCCCAAGGAUCUCUGUGGGGCUGCUCUGAGGCAGGAAGUGACACUGGCCAGGGAGGACAGUGCCAGGAAAGCCAAGCUCCCUUUACCGAGCUCUGCCAUGUAGCUUAGGACUCCCCACCUAGCCUUUUCCAAUCUCUUCUGCCCAGACCUGCGUAUCAUCAUGGUAGAAUGAAUCAAACCAGGAUGGGUACACUUGAUGCACUGCAUACAGCAAGUGCCGACCACAGCCACCCCUGACUCGGGACUGUUUAUGUCCUUUUAGGACUUGUCAUCUGUAAACUCAGACAGCACGUGACAUGCUCAGGACAGGAAGGACAAUGAAGGCUGACUUACAAGCCAGGCAUGAUGGUUGCCUGCCUGUAAUGCCAGCCUCUGAGAAGAAGAGACGGGAGGACUAGGAGUCAAGGCUACUAUUCUCUACAGAGUAAGCAUAUGGACACGUAGCUUAUGGAAAUCCUAUGACACAGACAAUUUGGGUGAUAUCUGCAGGAAAGAGCUUUAAACAUUACAG